AUUCAAAAUCAAAGAGUGUGUCUCUUCCUUCCUCCUCAAAUCCAAAACCUUCGAAAUCACACCCAUUUCUCUGCAAUUCAAGCUCGUAAAAACCCUAAUUUCAACUUCCCCUACCGAAGCUUUCCUCUCUCUAUCUCUCUCUCUCUCUCUCUCUCUCUCUCUCUCUCUCUCUCUUUUUAUAUGUGUUUCAAUUGGGUGUAAUUUCCCCCAAUCCGAAACCAGCAGCAGUGAAUUUCCAUGGCGACUGUGACUGCAACGUGCUCCCCGAGCUCCCUCCAGCUUCGCUUAGCUCUCAAUUUAGGCAAUUGCAGUAAACCCUCCUCCGUUCUCGUACGGUGGCGACUGGGGAAGCUCGAUAAUCGGGCUCGAGUGCUCUGCGUUGCUCAAGGCAGUGAGAGGUACGGGAGUGGAUUGGAGCCCCGUCGCAAGGGGGUUUCGUGGGUCAGGUCGAACUCGAGCGCUGACGGGUUUAAAGGGUGGUCCGAUUCGGAUAAUGGGGAAGAGUCAUUGGACUCGCAGAGGAAGAAAUGGUUUGGAGGGACUGUGGGAGCUGGAGUUGCCGGAGUCGUUCUUGUUGCGGGGCUUACUUUUGCAGCAUUGUCUUUGGGAAAACGAAACAAAUUGAGCCCAAAACAACAGAUGGAGCCAUUAACGACGCAGCAGGAGCGGUCUUUGACUUAUGAUGAUGACAAUGAGAGGAGUACAGAAGAUGUGGAUGAUCAAAGCAAUGUGAAGCAUGAUGCUAAUAGUAGUCCGGAAGAAAGGACAGGUACUAAUGAGGAUUCUUCUUCAUCUCCAGAAAUUGAUGAGUCUCCCAGUGAAAUUAGAGUUGGUAAUGAUUAUGAUAUAGGGGGCUUGUCAGGACAAGAUUUUGAAAAAACAUCCAGAGGUACUGAGGUGGUUAAUAGUGCUUCAGAUAAAGGAGAUACGCCACAUGAAUCAACUUCUGAUGACAAGUCAGUUGAGCCUGGCGGCAAUGAUUCAAUUCGUGCCUCUGGGCUUGAGGAUUUUGACAGAAGCCUCGCUGUAGGUAUAGGAGAUUUGGCUUCUGAACUUAAAGAGAACCUAGAGAGUGUCAAACCAACCAACUUGCAAGCCUCUGAAACUAAUCAGUCAAACCUUAGCAUUGAACCCCAGGAUGGAGUACUGGGGACAAGUGAAAACCAAACUGCCACUUUUGAGUCUUCUACUUUUAUUGCCGACGCACAGGAACUUAGUCAACCCAUAGCUCUGGAUACAUCAGUUACAACACAAUCAAACACAAUUUUAGAACCUCAGGUUUCAUCUGAAGAUAACAUAGGGCCUGUAACCCCAUCUUCAACCGAAGAAAACCUUGACCUCAGCAAAACACUGCAGGUUUUAGCUGAGGGAAUUAGUUCAUCCCUGGAAGAGAAUACCAUAACUGAAAGUGAGCCGUCUAGAAGCAAAUCACAAUUACCAACUGCUGGGAAUUCCUUCACUUCUGCUGGAAUACCUGCUCCAACUGUGGUUUCUGCAGCUCUACAGGUGGUUCCUGGAAAGGUUUUGGUUCCGGCAGUUGUUGAUCAGGUCCAGGGGCAGGCAUUAGCAGCGCUGCAAGUGUUAAAGGUCAUAGAGGCUGAAGUUCAACCUGGUGAUUUGUGUACACGGCGUGAAUAUGCCCGUUGGUUGGUUUUUGCAAGUAGUGCUCUUUCAAGGAACUCAAUCUCUAAAAUAUAUCCUGCUAUGUAUAUUGAGAAUGUUAGUGAGCUUGCAUUUGAUGAUAUUACACCUGAAGACCCUGAUUUCCCAUCCAUUCAAGGUUUGGCUGAAGCAGGACUUAUCUCAAGCAGGCUGUCAAGAAAUGAUAUGCUUUCUUCCUUGGAUGAAAAUGAAAGUUCAUUUUACUUCUCUCCUGAAAGCCCUCUAUCACGCCAGGAUCUUGUAAGUUGGAAGAUGGCCCUAGAGAAAAAACAUCUCCCAAAAGCCGACAAGGAGGUCCUCUACCAAAUUUCUGGUUUUAUAGACACUGAUAAGAUACAUCCAGAUGCAUGUCCUGCACUUGUUGCUGACCUAUCUGGAGAACAGGGUAUUAUUGCUCUUGCAUUUGGUUACACCAGACUCUUCCAGCCUGAUAAGCCAGUAACAAAAGCCCAGGCUGCUAUUGCCCUUGCAACUGGAGAGUAUUCAGACUCGGUGAGUGAGGAGCUUGCACGUAUUGAAGCAGAAGCUAUAGCAGAAAAUGCUGUGGAGGCACAUAAUGCUUUAGUGGCUGAAGUUGAAAAGGAUGUGAACGCAAAUUUUGAGAAGGAUCUUUCCAUGGAGAGGGAAAAAAUUGAUGCUGUGGAGAAAAUGGCUGAAGAAGCAAGACGUGAAUUGGAAAGGUUAAGAUCCGAGAGAGAGGCAGAUAAUAUUGCCUUGAUGAAAGAACGUGCAGCUGUUGAAUCAGAAAUGGAAGUUCUGUCCAAGUUAAGGCAUGAGGUGGAGGAACAAUUGCAGAGCCUAAUGAGUAACAAAGCAGAGAUAUCCUAUGAAAAAGAAAGAAUUAGCAAACUUAGGACUGAAGCAGAAACCGAAAGCCAGGAGAUUGCACGCCUACAGCAUGAUCUAGAGGUUGAACGGAAAGCAUUGUCCAUGGCCAGGGCUUGGGCUGAAGAUGAGGCAAAAAGAGCAAGAGAACAUGCUAAAGUACUCGAGGAGGCUAGAGAUCGCUGGGAGAGGCAGGGCAUCAAGGUAGUUGUUGACAAUGACCUCCAAGAAGAUACCUUGGGUGAGGCUACAUGGCUCGAGGCUGGCAAGCAGUUCUCGGUUGAAGGAGCUGUCAACAGGGCGAAGAAUUUGAUGGAUAAGCUUAAGGCACUAGCAACAAAUAUAAAAGGGAAAUCCCGAGAUAUAAUCGAUCAGAUCAUCCAAAAGAUAGCCUUGCUCAUAUCCAAUUUGAGGGAGUGGAUCCCCAAGGCAGGAAAAGGGGCUGCAGAACUAAAAGACGCCGCCAUUUCAAAGGCCAGUAGAUCAGCCCAAGAGUUGCAGCAAAGCACAUCGGAGUUUAGCUUGGCCGUCAAAGAAGGUGCCAAGCGCGUCGCUGAAGAUUGUAGGGAAGGAGUGGGGAAACUCACUCAGAAGUUUAAGACGUGACCGCGAUCUCUUAACGAUAAAUUUUGGACGUCGGGCUGUUGUGUAGUCAGAAAUGUAAAACAGUUUUGAGAAUUUGUUGAUGAAGGGCACAAUCCAUCUCCUAAGAGAAUCUGUUUAUACCAUUGAUGAUUAGCUAGGAAGCGUUUUGUAAUAAGUACAAUUACACAUCUGAACUGUAAUAAAAUUGCCCCGUUACACUUUGAA